AGCGCGUCACGCCGCGGGGGCCUUUCUCCGCCCGGCAAGAUGGCGGCGCCCAUCAGGCCCUGAAAGAUGAGGCUGACUCGGAAGCGGGUUUGCUCGGCGCUGCUGGCGGCCUACUUGCUCUUCUCCCUCUACGCCGCUUACAGCGUCUUCCUGAAGCCUCGGCGGCCCGUAGCCUCGCGGGCGGGGCAGAAAGAGAAGCAGGGGCGGGCAGAUCAUGCUGCUUUGAGAACUGAUGAAUGGAAUCCUUGGGAAGUUGAUGAAAAGAAUGAUUUGCAACAGAAGUCGGCAACCAACUUUCACCUACUAAAAAAGAUGGGAGGGCAAGAGGAACAAACAGACCUCAGGGUACAAAUCUGGGGAAAAGCUGCUAUUGGUCUUUACCUGUGGCAACAUAUCUUUGAAGGUCCGCUUGAGCCUGCAGAUGUUUCAGCUCAGUGGAGAGAAGGAAGCAUGAAAACAGGAAGCUCAUUUUUCAGUUUCAUCACAGGUCCAGCAGUCGUCCCAGGCUACUUCUCAGUAGAAGUGGACAAUGUGGUUUUAGUGCUGAAUGGCAGAGAAGAAGGAAAGAUCUCCUAUGCCACCCAGUGGCUGCAUUAUGCACAAACACUAAUAGAAACUCACAAGCUGCGGCAUGUUGCUGUUGUGUUGCUUGGAAGUGAGCAGUGUAGAAAUGAAUGGAUUAACCCUUACUUAAAAAACAAUGGAGGGUUUGUGGACCUCCUCUUUGUAAUCUAUGACAGUCCCUUAGUGAAUGAAGAAAAUAUUUUUCAGUGGCCUUUGGGAGUAGCAACCUACAGAAAUUUUCCUGUAGUUGAACCGAACUGGUCAAUGCUGCAAUCACCAAGGUUGUACCAGUGUAAUUUCUUGGGAACUGUAUAUAAGAAUUCAACACGUGAGAUCCUCAUGGAAGUUCUGGUACAGAAUGGACUUAAUAAGCUCUGUUGGAUUUCGCCCAGAGAAGAGUGGUGGCCUCAAGAAACCAACGAGAGCCUUCGAAAUUAUCAAGACGCAUUGCUGCAAAGUGAUCUCACACUAUGCCCAGUGGGAGUAAAUACAGAGUGCUAUAGAAUUUUCGAGGCCUGUUCCUUUGGUUCUGUUCCUGUAGUAGAAGAUGUAAUGACACCAGGCAAUUGUGGCAAUUCUUCUGUGCACCAUGGUGCUCCAUUGCAGUUACUGAAGGCCAUGGGAGCUCCCUUUAUCUUCAUUAAAAACUGGAAGGAACUUCCCGCUGUUUUAGAAAAAGAACAAAAUUUGACCCUGGAACAGAAAAUUCAAAGGAGAAAAAAGCUUAUGGAGUGGUAUCGGCAGUUUAAAAUACAGAUGAAACAAAAAUUUAUCAGUGCAUUGCAAAAAUCAUUUUUACAUAAAGACAGAGGAAGUUAGCUAUUGCUCUGAAUAGAAGCAUGAGUAAGGUGUAAUUUCUUUUGAACUUUCAGUGAUGAUGUAAAUAUUCAAAAGUCCAUUCUUGAAAGUUGGAAUUGCCUCUUAUAUGAUUGUUCUAUUUAUAUAUUAUAUAAUGUAAUAUAUGUAGAUAUAUGUAUUCUAGCAGACUGUUUCAAUGAAGAAGUCAUGAUGUGUUCUAAAAGUACUUUGUUAACAGGUAGCAGAGUCAAUCAGCACAUGACAUUAUUUUGUCAGAACUCAAAAUCUCUGCAGAAUUAGAUUUAUAAAGGCUUGUUGCUUCUGGAGUCAUACAUUUUCUGUCUAGGAAGCUCUCAAUCCUGCAGAGCAAUAAUCAGUUUUCAUUUGGAGCCAUCAGUGAUGCAAUGGGUUAAACCAGGCAUCCUCAAACUGCAGCCUUCUAGCUGUUUGGGCCUUCAACUCCCAGAAUUCCUGACAAUUGAACAAGCUCAUUAGGGCUUCUGGGAGUUGGAGACCCAAACAGCUGGAGGGCCACAGUUUGAGGAUGCCUUGGUUAAACCCUUGUGCCAGCAGGACUGCUGACCAGAAAGUCAGCAGUUCAAACCUGGGGAGCAGGGUGAGCUCCCAUCUGACAACUCCAGCUUCUCAUGUGGGGACAUAAGAGAAGCCUCCCAUAGGAGGCUGGGCAACGUCCUUGCAGACGGCCAGUUCUCUCACACCAGAAGCGACUUGCAGUUUCUCAAGUCGCUCCUGAUACGAGAAAACAAAACAAACUUGAAGCUGACCAUAGAAUUGCAUUGAGAGACUUCGUGAUUUCUAGAGAGAACAUAAUAAUCAAAUCCGUAAAAGUCAAAGCCACAAAUAUGGAGGCCUCACUGUAUGUAUAUAGAUGUUUGUGUAUUUAUGCAUAUAUAAAAAAUUCUGUCCAUCUCUUAAAAUAGACUCUGGAAGAAUAAUAGUUUGCGUCUCAUUCCCACCACCUUUUGAAAGAGCAUACCUGUUUUAGGUUGCUUUCAUACACACACUGAAAAUAUCAAUUCACAUUGGAUAACUCUUUUGCUUCUUCCAGUGUGAUCUAGCACAAGGAAGUAUUCCAUCAGGCUUAAUGUUGCUUGGGGGUUGUCAUAUGCCCUUCAUAGGAAGAAAAAUAAAAAGAACAAAAAAUGAUCUUUGACCUACCUUGACAGGUAGGCACGGACACAACCUUUUAUGAGUAGUGCAUAAAAUACAAGGUAGAGGGGAAAGGGUUCAAAAAGCAACACUGAUGCAUUUUCUGUGAAACUAAACGAUUUCGCUCCCUAUAAUAGGAAAAGUGAUAUGUUACAGGCAAUAAGCAUUACUGUAAUGAAUUAUUUCCAAGCACUGGAAAACAGCAGAGGCCAAUCCUUGAAUUAUGUAAUGUUCUUCAUCUAUGAUUUAUUGAGAUUAUUAAUAUUUAAUGACACUAUGUCACCCUUAUCAUUUAUAAAAUGAACUAAAAAUUGCAGUUAUAUCACAAAAUAAGCUACUGUGUAGUCUUGAUUCUAAGACUCACCUUUUUCAUAUAAACUCUAAAAGCGGGUGUGUCUUAGAAUUGUGGGAUAUAUAUAUAUACAUUCAUUCAUUCUGUCAAUGGUACUGCAAUUAGUGUGUGUCUUACAAUCAAUGGCAUCUUAGAAUUGAUGGAAUACGAUAUAUAAAAUAGUAUAAAUAUACUGGAACAGUAAUUUGUUACUUGAACGCUGUAUGCUUAUCAGGGCUUCCUAAGAUCUUCAGAGAUACUUGCAGGAACACCUCAGCAAGUGAGAGUCCAAAAAUGGCAGGUGAGAACCUGGAACCUCAAUCAGUGCCUCAUACCACAUAAACUCCUGGGCACACAGAAGAUUGGGCGACCUGGACAGCUGAGCAGAUGAUGGGGACUGGUACUCUCUUUGCUAGUAUAGAGAGAUCUGUUGUAUUUCUACUCCAUAAAUUAUAUCUAGAUGUGUGUACAUACAUCGUAAGAUACCAUGUACACAUUUGGUGUGAAUUUUGUCCUCUUUUUAGCGGCAUAAGCUCCUGUUUUCAGCCCCAGCAUCUGCCAACCUAGCAGUUCAGAAACAUGCAAAUAUGAGUAGAUCAAUCAAUAAGUACCGCUCCAGCAGUCAUGCUGACCACAUGACCUUGGAGGUGUCUAAGGACAAUGCCGGCUCUUUGGCUUAGAAAUUAAGAUGAGCACCAACCCCCAGAGUUGGACACAACUGGACUUAAUGUCAGGGGGAAACCUUUACCUUUACCUAAACAACUACUUUAAAGAUGGCAUAAUUUGCAGUGUGGUGCAGUUAUCUAGCUUGAAAGUUACUAGUGCCAGACUUUCUAACAGCAGCUGAAAGGUUUGUGGACUUCCCUAUGGGACAGUCAUGCUUCCUUAUGGGACUGUCACACUCUCUUGUUCAUAACUCCAGCAAAGAACUUUGCAUUUAGAACAGAAAACAUUUAGGUCAUUGGGGUUUUUUUUAGAGAAUGUUCUGUUGUUUUAAAUUGAAAUGUUUUUUAAUCUAAGUGUAAUUUGAAUUGUGUUCUCAUUGUAAAUAGUUGAAUUCUA